AGGCGUUCAAGAAGUUUCACCUUCUAGAAAAUCCAAAGUUUGGACUGCAUAUAUAAAUAUUCUAGUUCCUCAGCAGCCAAACAAAAAUAAAUAAAAAACCCUAAAUACUAAAAAUUCUCAUAUAUAUCCCAAACAGAAAAACCAGUAUAUAUAUAGCUACCUCAAACAAACACAUAGAACAUCAUCAUCAUCAACAUAAUGGGAAAGCCACGCACUAUUGGCAUCGGCAUGGAUUACUCUGCAACCAGCAAAUCAGCCCUCCGAUGGGCAGCUGAUAAUCUCAUCGAUGAUGGAGAUUGCAUCAUCUUAAUCCACGUUGAGCCUCCGAAGGCUGAUCAUUCCAGGAAGCAGCUCUUUGAAGAUACUGGAUCACCGUUGGUUCCUCUGGAGGAGUUUAGAGAGAUUAAUUUCUCAAAGCAGUAUGGACUGAGUAAUGAUCCAGAGGUGCUUGAUAUUCUUGAUAAAGUUUCAAGGACCAAAGGGGCGAAGGUGUUGGCCAAGGUUUACUGGGGAGAUCCAAGGGAAAAGUUGAGUGAUGCUGUGGAUGAUCUUCAACUUGAUUCUCUUGUUGUUGGAAGUAGAGGCUUGGGACCCAUCAAAAGGGUGCUGCUUGGUAGUGUCAGCAACUACGUGGUGACAAAUGCUUCUUGUCCAGUUACUGUGGUGAAAGGAACGUCAAUAUCAAAAUCCCAAUCCGGCAAGCCAAAUUAAAAAUCUUCAACUUUUAAGGACUUAAAACAUAAAUACAGCAAUAUAUUAUUGUGGUAGGUUCAAUAUUGGAUUGGGAUAUAGUGCUUGAUGUGUUUGUCAUUGAUUGCUCGUAUGUUUUAUGCAUUAUCUAUCUAAUUUGUCUAGUUGGUAUUACGUUUGUAUGUAUAUCAUUUUCCAAAUUGAAAUGUGGUUCUUAUAAGUUCCAAUUUUGCGUCU